UCAAUUACCUUCAAGAGUCCAAGCGUGGCCACGGGGAGCAACAGAGAGCAUGGAAUUGAGAAUUGCAGAGGCAGUUGCGGCAGCAUAGACGCCACGCUGACGCUGCUCAUCUCCACAGGUGACCUAAGUCCAAGCUCGCACAUCCAGCACCAAAUUUAUCACAAUCGAAACACAGGCAAGCAUAAAUGGGAAGCAAUCAAAUUUUCAAUCGAAGAAAAGUACCUGAAAAUGCGAGCGGAUAAGGUCGGGAAACGGAAAGGGGAAGGAGAAGCUCUGGGCUUGGCACCGGCCGAGAUUCUGGAGGCGGCGCCUCGGGCGGAGGUGGAAGCCGAGCGCAAGACUGACCGUGCGGCGAAGGAGGCCAUGGCGGUGGCUGAGCUGAGGCGUAGACUGUGGAGUAAUAAUGCGAUGGAGACAAAGAAGGGGACUUCAAAA